AUGCUGGGCAACAACUUGAUCCAUAACGGGGCCAUCCAGGAAGUGUCCGGAUUCCUUCGGCGAAAGCGCAAAGCUGUUAAUUGCGAGGAAUGUCGACGCUCUAAGUUGCGAUGCGAUCGUCAGCAUCCUUGUGGCGCGUGCAAGCGCCGCAAGCGCGAAUCUAGUUGUUCAUAUGAGACCCCUUCUGCGCCAUCUGUAUCAAGAAAAACUCGCAGGAAGCCUGUGACCACUUCGGCGUCAUCUGCGUUGAGUGGCGGAGCAGGAUUCCCGGCUACACCGACACGAAAGAAUGCCGUCUCUUCAAUUUCACAAUCCGAACAGACUAUAUCUGAAGUAGAAACAUCACCUCCCGGUGUACACUGGGAAACCGUGCUUGAGCGCCCUGUGCCAGAGGAGGAUGUUAAUGACACACUAUCACCCCUUUCUAUAAGCCCUCGCAUCUCUCUCCAGGAAAUGAUUGACUCGCUUCCCCCGAAGUCAUGUUGCGACUAUCUGGUUUCACACUUUUUUAAACAUAUCUUCGCAUUGUUUCCCAUUCUUCAUGGUCCAACUUUCCAGAAACAGUAUACGGCGUUCAUGCAACGCCCUCAAGAUGUCGACUUACCUUGGCUAGCUUUGCUUUUCGGUUUAUGUUCUUUGUCUCUGAACACUCUAGAUGAAAGUGACCCCAGGCUAAGGUGUGUCUGGUCUCAGCUGCCUUCGAGUAUCACACAAGCUGCAAGCACGGUUCCUAUCACGGUUUCUGUUUCUCGCCGUCUGCUUCGGACUGCAAUAACCUGUCUUCUGCAGGGCGAUUUCUUGAUUAGGCACACAUUCAGCACCUUCGAGGCUCUAUUAAUGGUGAUAUAUAGCCUCUCUCACAAUGAAUCUGUCGACCAAGGCUGGGCCCUUUUGGGAAUGGCAUUGAAUAUUGGCAUUGCGUUACGUUGCAAUGUGGAACAGAAGAACCUGGGCACCAUCGAGACCGAAAGGCGGCGACGCUGUUGGGCUGGUCUUUUGACAUUGCACACGUAUCAGGGAAUGCUUUUCCGGGAUUUCGAUAUGUCAUACCUUCUCAGCAUUCAAGCUCCUUUACCUGCCGAUGUUAAUGAUGUCGAUGUUACCAACGAGGGCAUUGUGCAGCAAUCUUGUAGCGAGCCCACACAGAUGUCCGUCAUGAUGGCCAAGCUUCGACUGUUCCGGCUUUCCACUCAGAUCUGUCGUCAUACCUCGGGGUCUUCACGUCUCGACCAGCAGGCCUUGCGUGAUCUCGAUGCUGCGAUAGCGGAAGAGCAAGAACGGUGGGACGCGGCCUAUAUGGUUGAUGGCUCUCCCAAUAUUUUGGAUUCUAAUCGCUACGCCUAUUGGUGCGUCUUACAGACGUACGCGCAUCAUCUCUACCUUCUGCUACACCGGCCGUUUCACCAUUCCAAAGCAUCUUGCUUUCUUGCAAUCUCCAGAGAAAGGUGUAUUAGCUCCAGCGCAGCUCUGAUUUCUCUUCACAGACAACUCUACGAAGCUCCAAUCCUCCGAAACUACUUCUGGUUGCUUAGUGGGGUGAUCAGUCUGAAAGCACUCCAUGCAGCCGUGGCCCUGAAUUCGUGUCUCCAAGAUGACCCAGAACAUAAUUUAGACUCUUUUCGAGAGGAGAUUGAAAGCUUGACUGCCCGCAUGAAAGAUCUCUCGGGCCGAAGUCAUAUCUGUCACAGAGCAUAUCGCAUACUUCGCCAUUUACAAGCCCAAGCAGGGGCAGGCGACCCACCAGCAGGGAGCUCGGAGACCCCGUUCGAGAAUCUAUUUGAAGAUUUGACAAAUAUCCGAGAAUGGAUGGAUGCAGAUCUGGUCGAUUGGAAUAUGGAUGGACAAUACAAUGUCUUUACACCAUAA